AUGAUAAGCCUCAGGUUUCAACCAAGCACCGCCGGUGUUUUAUCGGCGUCGGUCAGCCGUGCCGGUUUUAUCAAGCGGUGCGGUUCGACUAAAACGGUAAGGAAUUUCCGGUUCAGAACGAUGGCUAUGGCGGCGAGUCCUCUCGAAAUCUGCGUCAAAGCUUCCAUUAACACACCAAACAAGCUUGGAGACUGCCCAUUUUGCCAAAGGGUGUUACUGACUAUGGAGGAGAAGCAUGUAGCUUAUGACAUGAAAAUGGUGGAUUUGAGUAACAAGCCAGAAUGGUUCUUGAAAAUAAGUCCAGAAGGUAAAGUCCCAGUUGUGAAGUUUGAUGAGAAAUGGGUUCCGGAUUCGGAGAAAUGGGUUCCGGAUUCGGAUGUUAUAACACAGUCUUUAGAAGAGAAGUAUCCUGAGCCUCCUCUCGCAACCCCACCUGAUAAGGCUUCAGUUGGGUCGAAGAUCUUCUCCACAUUUAUCGGUUUCCUCAAGAGCAAAGAUCCAGGAGAUGGAACUGAGCAAGUUUUAUUGGAUGAGCUUAGUACAUUCAACGAUUAUAUCAAAGAAAAUGGCCCUUUUAUAAAUGGAGAGAAGAUCUCAGCAGCGGAUUUGUCCUUAGGACCAAAAUUAUACCACAUGAAGAUUGCAUUGGGACAUUUCAAGAACUGGUCUGUUCCAGAUUCACUAUCUUUCGUUAAAUCAUACAUGGAGAAUGUUUUCUCGAGGGAAUCAUUCACGAAAACACGGGCGCAAACAGAAGAUGUAAUUGCUGGUUGGAGGCCAAAGGUGAUGGGUUAA